CUGGUUCAUAAAUAAUUGGUUCCAAUUUGAAGGUUAAGUCCCAUCACUAGUCGUAAUUUCGCUUGAACUUGGGACUUGGUCGAGGUGCGUUAUAGUGGUGACUAUGUGGUGGGUUUUGGUCGCGUGUGUGAUCGGCGGGGCCGCGGCGGGUGUGGUGGCGCCGUGGUGGGAUAAUGCCGUGUAUUACAGGAUCGUGGUCGACAGCUUUAGAGAUGACGACGGAGAUGGAUUGGGAGACUUGAAAGGCGCAUUAAAACAGAUAAGCUACGUUCGUGCUUUGGGAGCGGAUGCUGUUAUUCUUUCAUCAUUAACGGCUAAGAGCACGGAUUGCUCCAAGCCAGGAACCGUGGACUUUUCCACAAUAGACCAACGAUAUGGAAAUUGGGAUCAUCUGGUUGGGUUAGUAGAAAAAACUAAGAAGUUAGGUAAGUGGCACAAAGGGAAGAUAACUGAUAUUUGAUUUAUUAACUUUUUAUCAAGUGAAUCUCAUUUUAACAUGACAGAGCUUAAGUUGGUGGUGACUUUGCCUCUUCAAACUGUGAGUACUGGAUCUGAGUGGUUUGUAUCGAGUGCUGAUCGCGCUAACGGCUUCGAAGAUAGGAUCAUUUGGAAGGAAGGAACAGCUGAAGAAAUGCCCGCGCCUGAAGAAGGUAUUGAGUCGUGGACAUGGCACGAGACCCGCAAAGCCUAUUGGGCAAGUUCCAGCGACGAGGCUAUCCUAAACCUGUGCUCUGAAAGCCUGACAGCGACGCUAUCAGUAUCCCAGUGCGCUUGGCUCAAACGAGGGGUCUCUGGAGUACUGCUCAGACUGGACUUCCCGAGGGACCAGAGAUGUGGGGAACAGCUGCUGAGGAGAUUGGUUGCGGAUGCAAUGAGUUGCGUGCGCAGUGCGGGAUUGGAAACUCCGUAAGUAUUUGAUAAUUUGCAAACAAAUAUUCUUGAAAAUUGGAAUACCAGUUAGAAAGUGGGUUAUAGAACUCUUUAACAAAGCCACUCAAAUCAACAACCAAGGUCAAAAACGUUUUUAUAGAGUUUUUCUAGAGACAUGUAAACCAUUUUUUUCUCAGGGUAAUUCUGGUAGAGUCGUCAUUAAAACCGGAAGAAGCUGCUCGGUACUAUGGAGAUGGUGGAGUAGGAGCUAACAGUGUCCUGAGCAACGCCCUCACAACUCCCAGUAGGUCCACACCUGAGAUGGUGCUAGGAUUUCAUGCGUCUUUGCUGAAUACUCCCCAAGACCAAUUUCCUACUUGGCUUGUAAGUUUAAAAGUAUUUUUAAAACGAGACGCUAGUCGUAGAACUCUAAUAAAAUAAGAAUGUAUUAUUUCCAUCAGACCAGCGGUACCAACGAGAGCCGUACAGCAACACGGUAUGGCAGUGACAUGGUGGAUGCAGUGAACCUGCUCGCCCUGAACCUGCCAGGAUCUGCAGUCAUACAGCAGGGAGACGAGCUGGCGGCUGCGGACACUAUCCUGGAAUGGGCCACAGCAACUGGCUGCUGGCCGAUCCGGGGCUAUCCUGCAGCUGCUCCAUUCCCCUGGGACGAUUCCCCCACAGCAGGGUUCACGAAAGGACAGCCCUGGCUACCUUUGGCUCCAAACUAUAGAUACGCCAAUGCAAAGGCAGAGUUCGCGAAUGAUUUUAGUCAUGUUGGAGUGUUAAGAGUUGCUGCGGCAUUGAGGAAAUCGCCGGCGUUUGGACCACAUGUCGAGAUAAAACGCUUAAACGGGGCCGUCGCGAUUCUAAGAUGGGGUUCAGCGGGAUCUCUCUUACUGAUCUCAAAUCUAGCAAAGGAGCCAACGGAGGUCCAGCCCUCGCGGAUCCCUGGUAUCCCAGCAGAGAUGACGGUGGCCACCAGCUCCACCGGCUCCAGCUUCUCAGUGGCCUCUCAUAUUGUUAUGGAGAAGAGUCUGAAGCUGGCUCCAGGGGAGACGGUGUUGCUAGCUGGAGGACCACGACACUGCGGAGGACCGGGUCCAGUGGACAAAAUAGCCAAUAAGCUCUCAGAGGGAUGGCAGAAGAUCAACAAGUAUUUUAGUAACUCGUGAUCUUGAAGAAUUAAAUUU